CCUCCCUCCCUCCCCCCGCUUUUUUCUCGCUUCGCUUCGCCGAGAGAACUCGUCGGAGGGAGAUAUUUAUGAGCGCUGCGCUGGGUGGCGAGUGACGAGGGUGGAGUGAGAGGCCAGCUGACCCCCCCCUCCCGAUCGAUCGCUGUGGGAGUGAGUGAAGCCGCGGGCGGCGGUGGCGGAGCUAUAAACCCUAGCGCGCGUGGUUGCGGUGGAAUUGAGUGGAAGCUCUGCGAAUGAUCGCCUGGGAUUUUAAGAUGGUGACCAGUUAUUCGUGGUCGGAUUAGUAUAUGGACAUAGAUUCCUUUCAAUUCACAGAGGAGUGAAUAAUUUUGUUCAAUACUUCACCGCUCAUAAUGGGUGGUGUCUGCUCAAGGAAGAGAAGUCAGUUAGUGCAUGAGGAUGAUUCUUUCCAGACAUCCACCAGGUUCUCAAAGACCAGCAGCUUGAAAUGGCUGCUGCUUACAUUGCCCCGCAGCAACUCUGAUUUAUCACGCAAAGGCCAGGGAAAGGGCCCUGGUCGGUGCCCAUCGUUGAUGGAGCUUUGUGUGGCCAAAGCCUGCGAGGAUAUCAACAAGUAUUCUAGUUUUUCUGUGUUGCCAAGGGAUCUGAGUCAGCAGAUUUUCAAUCAAUUGGUCGAGUCAAACCGUCUCACGGAAACAUUGCUUGAAACUUUUCGGGAUUGUGCCCUACAGGACAUUUAUUUGGGGGAAUAUCCUGGAGUGAAUGAUGCUUGGAUGGAAGUAGUGGCUUCUCAAAGGCAUUCAUUGUUAUCUGUUGACAUUUCUUGCUCUGAAGUAACUGAUAGUGGGCUAUAUCUUCUUAGAGAUUGCUCAAACAUGCAAAGUUUGGCAUGUAAUUACUGUGAUCAGAUCUCAGAGCAUGGCCUAGGAAUCUUGUCAGGUCUUUCAAACCUGACAUCUCUGAGUUUCAAGGGAAGUGAUGCUGUUACUCCUGACGGAAUGGAAGCAUUCACAAAUCUAGUUAAUUUGGUAAAUCUCGACCUCGAACGAUGCCUAAAGAUUCAUGGUGGCCUUGUUCACUUAAAAGGCCUCAGAAGUUUGGAGUCGCUGAGUAUGAAAUAUUGUAACAACAUCACAGAUUCAGAUAUCAAGUAUUUAUCAGAUCUCACAAAUUUGAAAGAACUGCAAUUGUCUUGCUGUAGAAUCACUGAUCUGGGUGUUUCUUAUCUUAGAGACUUGUCCAAGCUAACUCAGUUGAAUUUGGAUGGCUGUCCAGUGACUGCUGCUUGUUUGGAAGCCAUAUCAGGAUUGGCUUCUUUGGUGGUGUUGAAUUUGAGUCGGUGUGGCCUAUAUGGUGAAGGUUGUGAAAACUUUAAAGGUCUUAAAAAACUGAAGGUUUUAAACUUGGGUUUCAAUGAUAUCACAGAUGAUUGUCUAGUUUAUCUGAAAGAAUUGAUUAAUUUGGAAUCCCUAAACUUGGAUUCAUGCAAGAUUGGAGAUGAAGGCUUAUUACAUCUGAAAGGCCUUGUUCUUUUGAAAAGCUUGGAGCUAUCUGACACCGAAGUUGGAAGCAAUGGGCUACAGCACUUAUCUGGCCUUCAGAAUUUGGAAAGCAUCAAUCUCUCGUUUACAUUGGUAACUGACACCGGUAUGAAGAAGAUAUCUGCAUUGAAUACACUGAAGUCAGUUAAUCUUGACAAUCGGCAGAUUACUGAUGUUGGCUUAGCAGCACUUACAAGUCUCACUGGGUUGACCCAUUUGGAUCUUUUUGGUGCUCGGAUAACUGACUACGGCGCAAGCUGCUUCAGAUUUUUUAAGAAUCUUCAAUCUCUUGAAGUCUGUGGUGGAUUAAUUACUGAUGCUGGGGUAAAGAAUAUCAAGGAUCUCAAAGCUCUGAAACAACUUAAUCUUUCUCAGAACGUUAACCUUACAGACAAGACCCUGGAGCUGAUUUCUGGCUUGACUGCUUUAGUCUCGCUGAAUGUAUCCAACACCCGUGUAUCCAAUGCCGGUCUCCGCCACCUGAAGGAUCUGCAGAACCUGCGCUCGCUGUCGCUUGAUUCCUGCAGGGUCACUGCAAAUGAGAUGAAGAAGCUGCAGGCAACGGUGCUCCCGAAUCUGAUAAGCGUUCGUCCCGAGUAGAUGGACACUACGCAAGUACGUAACCACCUGUAAAUAAUCAUCUGGCUGAAGCUUGCUUCAUGAAGAUAGCUAGCUUGCAAGUGCCUGGAUUGAAUAAGUAAAGUCCAUGUUAGAGUUUACUUAGGUCCUUCCUGUUCCUUUUAACGGGAUCCUAUCGUUUUUCAAGUACUCGUGCUUCCUUCACUCCGUGUACCCUCCAAGGCGCGACGGGAAGGAACGAAGCUGUAAAUAUUGCGCUUCCUCGCCAUUGUGGGAUGCUUAUGUGUAGUGUGUACAGUGCCGCAUUUGACGUGGCAAUAAGUGAUGUCAUGUUGUUUGGGUUUCUCCUCUC